AUGCAGCGAUACUUCAUUCUUAUCUCGAUUAUACUAUCUUGCGUUUCUACUAUCACAGAUAUCUCUAGUAGUUCAACUCCGACAUGUGGAUAUUGCCCAUCAUCAUAUUGUCCAGUAAAGUCGCAGCCAUGUUCAUCGAAUUCUGAUUGUGAAUGUUUACUAAUGGCAAUGACUGGAGGAGGAAUGUGUGCUGAUACAGUCAUCUCAUGUCAAAGUUUGAGCCCAUGUGGAAAUGAUAAUCAAACAUGUUCUUCACCAAAUACUGUUUGUGUGAAUAAUAGUCGAUGUGGAGUUCCUAUCUGUUUUCCAAUAAGUCGAGCUUCUUCUGAUCGAUGCCCUUCAUUGUCUUCGAGAGUAUCUAUUACCACCUCAGCGUCAUCAAGGUCGACAUUAUCAACAUUACAAUCCACCAUGGCAAGUACCAUCAGUUUCACAACCACCGCCUCAACAACGACUUCUAUACCGAAUACAUGGCGUUAUACUGGUGCUAUGAAUAAUCCAAGAAGUAUGCACACAUCUUCGGUGUUAACAAGUGGAAAAGUGUUAGUUGUUGGUGGACUUGGCAGUCAAGACACUUCUGAACUCUAUGAUCCAUCACUAGGCAGUUGGAUGGCAACUGGUAGAUUGAAUAUCGGGAGAUAUUAUCAAACUGCAGUGGUAUUAAGAAAUGGAAAAGUGCUUGUUGCAGGUGGCUAUACUUUUGACAGUAGCAGUGCUAUAAACAGUACUGAAUUGUAUGAUCCAUCAACAGGCCUAUGGACAGUUACUGGUUCUCUGAACUAUGCACGCUAUGGACACACUGGAACUCUAUUAUCUGAUGGAAAAGUACUAGUAACCGGUGGAUGUGGAAACAGCUAUUUAAGUACUGCUGAAACAUACGAUCCAUCUACUGGAAUUUGGACCACAAUAAGAAGCAUGAAUUAUAUAAGGCUUUGGCACCAAGCAGUUGCACUAACGGAUGGUAGAGUGCUAGUUAUUGGAGGAUAUGGUGGCUUGACCAGUGCUGAAAUAUAUAAUUCAUAUACAGGUACCUGGACGACCACUGGUUACAUGAAUAGUGCGCGAUAUAGUCAUAAAGCAUGUACUUUAACGAAUGGGAAAGUUUUAGUUGCUGGUGGGUCUACCGGAAGUGUUUACUUGAAUAGCAGUGAAUUGUUUGAUCCAUCGACAGGCACUUGGACAUAUACUGGUAAUAUGAAUAGUGCACGAUAUUAUCAUACAAUGUCAGUAUUGACUAAUGGGAAAGUAAUAGUUAUUGGUGGAGCUAAUGCCGAUGCAGUUCUGAGUAGCACAAAAGUUUAUGAUCCAUCAACAGGAAAUUGGAUUUCAACAAGUGAUAUGAAUAUCAUAAGACAUUCUCAUACAACAUCUGUAUUAACAAAUGGAAAAGUUUUAGUGACUGGUGGAUCAAAUCCUAAUACUCAGAGUAGCGCAGAACUCUUUUAG